GUCUCUUUUGUAUAAUCGUCUCCAUCAGCAGUGCAUAUUGAACUCCGGGACGGCGUGAAAACCUCCGGCGAUCAACACUUAUAAAUCAGCUGCAAACAAAUGGAGGAAACAUUUGUGUAAACAUUCUGGGCUUGCGACUGACAGACAAGGGAAACACCCAGCAGAGCUCUUUUUUUUUAGAGAAACCAGCACAGAAACUCUUCAGAGGAGCUGAAAUCUGCGAUCGGGACGCCGUCAGGAUGAUGACCCAGGAUGACAUGGACUACGAGAACGACACAGUAUACUUCGAUGAAACUGGCUAUGUGGUUGACAGCCGAUCUGGGGGCUACACGCAGCGGGAGGCUUUCCACAUCAUAUCGGUGAUCAUCUACAGUCUGGCCUUCACUUUGGGCAUCAUCGGGAACGGGACGGUCAUCUGGGUCACCGGCUUCAAGAUCAAACGCAGCAUCAACAGCGUCUGGCUCCAGAAUCUGGCCAUCGCCGACUUCGUCUUCGUCCUCUUCCUUCCCUUCUCCAUCGAUUACGUCCUGCGGGAUUUCCACUGGCUCUUCGGCAAGACCAUGUGCAAGCUCAACUCCUUCGUGUGCACCAUGAACAUGUACGCCAGCAUGCUCUUUCUCACGGUUUUGAGCCUAGAUCGAUAUGUGUCUUUCGUGCAUUUUAGCUGGUCACAAAAAUAUCGUAAUGUUCGUCGCUCUUGGUGGCUUUGCGCUCUGAUUUGGAUUAUAUCCUGCAUUUUCAGCUGUCCCGCGCUCGUGUUUCGGGAUGUAAUCCUUUACAAUGGGAAGAUCGUGUGCUUUAAUCAUUUUCACGACGAGGACAGGCAUGUGAUGAAGAUGAGGCAUAUUGGGAUAGUUUCGUUUCGCACUAUUGUUGGAUUUAUUCUCCCGUUUGCUACUAUAACAGUAAGUGGGGUCUUACUUGCGCUUAAAAUGCGUCAGUCCAACUCGGUGAGAUUAUCUAGUUUCUCCAGAAUGGUUUCAGCUGUAAUUCUGGCUUUUUUUGUGUGCUGGGCGCCCUUUCAUACCUUCAGUAUAAUGGAGUUGAGCGUGCACCACUCCACCGCACUAAACUCAGUGCUCACCAUUGGUUUCCCACUGGCCACCAGUCUGGCUUUCUUCAAUAGCUGUGUAAAUCCCAUCCUCUACGUGCUGCUUACUAAGAAAGUGCGUAAACUGGUGAAGAGUGCAUGUCUGAAGUUCACCAAGAGCUCGCUGCGAGAGCUCAGUCAGUCUGCUUCUGCCACUGAACUGGACUCGGCUCUGGUCAACUGCGCUCCUGAAGAGCCCGCGGAGAACUCCACUGUCUGAUGGACACCAACGCAACAGGAUUUAUAGGAUGAUUCUGGAGCUCAGAAUGGACUGAAUGAACAUGAAAAUCUGAUUUUAUUCCUUAUACAGUAAAAUGUGCACAUUUUAUAUUUAGGUUUUUAAUCAACGCAACAAGCUGCUCGUGUUUUAGAUGAUGCUUCUGGAGCUCUGAUUGGACUGAAACAGAUUUCAACAUAUGAAAAUAAGAUUUUAUUCAACAUGAAAAUCUGAUUUCAUUCUUUUUAACAGUGCACUAGUCUUAUAUGUUGUACAAUUUAGGUUUUUAACCCUCGUGUACUGUUCAAAUUGACUACCUUUUCGUUAUGUUGGGGGCUUUUUUUGCCCCAUUGACUUCCAUUCCAACCACAUUUUUUAAUGCACAACCAUCACAACAGUAAAAAUUCUAAAUUGUAGCUCUUCCCGACAGCAAAACCCAACAGCAAUCAUGAUUACAUGCUGUAAUGGUUUGCAAUCAAAAAAUGUGAUUAUAAAGGAAGUCAAUGGGGCAAAAACAGCCCCCAACAUCACCAAAGUGUAGUCGAUUUGCCCAGAGUGUAUUGUUGCCCAAAAUAUGUGUCAAAAUAAGAUUUAUCACCUAAAAAUCAUCCAAUUUGCUGAAACACAGAGAAAGUUGUGGCCAAUUUAAGACUCAAAAUCAGCCCAGAGUGGAUGAAAAUGACCCAACAGCACACAAGUGUUACCAACACAACUAAAAUUGUUUUCGAUGGCUUCUAGAGCUCAGAUUGGACGGAGGGAACAAAUUAAAAACAUUAUUAUUCCUUACAGUCAAUUUAUAACAAAUAACAGAUUUUAUAUGUUGUAAAAUAUAAGUUUUUAAUUAAAGCAACAAGCUGCUCGUGUUUUAGAUGAUGCUUCUGGAGCUCUGAUUGGACUGUUGGCAGAUUUCAACAUAUAAAAAAAAACAGAUUCUUUAUACAGUCAACUUGUGUUUAACAAUUUACCCAAUAAUAUGUUGUACAAUUUAGGUUUUUAACCCUUGUGUGUUGUUCAAAUUGACUCUAAAAAAUGCUUUGACAUUUUUCAAUAACUCAACAAUAUACUCUGGGCAAAUUGCCUAUCCUUUGGUUAUGUUGCUGCUGUUUUUGCCCCAUUGAAUUAAAUUAUAAUCACAUUUAUUGACUGCGUAAAGCCAUGACAGCAUAUAAUCAUGCAUUCUUGAUUGCUGCUGGGUGUUUUUUUGCACAGCAAAUGAAAGAUUGUACCCCCUCCCAACUGGGAAAACCAGCAGCAAUCAAGAAUUCGCAAUUACAAGCUGUAAUGGUUUGCAAUUAAAAAAUGUGAUUAUAAUGGAAGUCAAUGGGGCAAAAACAGCACCAACAUAACCAAAGGAUAGGCAAUUUGCCCAGAGUAUAUUGUUGAGUUAUUGAAAAAUGUCAAAGUAUUUUCCCUAAAUAUGUGUGAAAAUAAGGUUUAUAACCAAAAAUCAUCCCAUUUGCUGAAACACAGAGAAAGUUGUGGCCAUAUUAAGACUUAAAAUCUACCCAGAUUGGAUGAAAAUGAUCCAACAGCACACAAGGGUUAACCAACAAAACUAAAAGCUUGUGUUUUAGAAGAUGCUUCUACAGCUCAUAUUGGACUCCUAUGAAAAUCAGAUUGUAUUCUUUUUAGUCAAUUUGCAUUUAAUACUUCACCCACUUUAUAUGUUGUACAAUAUAGGUUUUUAACCCUUGUGUACUUUUCAAAUUGACU